UCUCACAUUCCCUGUUCUCCACCCUCACUAAAUCAUCUCACUCCUGCUAUUCUGUUUCUAAUUGGAUUUCACUGCCGUUUCUUUUCCAGAGUUCCUUGCCCUUCUCACUUUUUCCUAGCUUCACUUCAUGGUAGGAAGGACCUCGGCUUGCUCGUCUCUGAUCCGCACAGACGUGAAGGGCAGCUUCGCUACAACGGCUUCACUCGCACCAUCUGGAUCACUGCGAUGACCUCCCCCAGGCUCCUGGCGCUGCUCCUGCUCAACCUCGUCUGUGGCCUGCAGGUGAGCCUCUCGGACCUCCUGGAGGACAACAAGAUCCCCCCCAGCCUGUGCACGGGACACCCUGGUAUCCCGGGCUCCUCAGGGGUCCACGGGACCCCGGGCCAACCGGGGAGAGACGGUCGGGAUGGGAGGGACGCCGCCCCGGCGGAGAAGGGAGAGAAGGGAGACAGGGGACAGCAAGGGGAGCUGGGAAUGAGGGGUAUCACCGGAGACAACGGAGACCGUGGGGAAAAGGGGGAGCGGGGGAAGGAAGGAGAGUGCGCCGUCGCUCCCAAAUCCGCCUUCACCGCCAAACUCUCCGAGACGGUGGCCACCCCGCUCACGGUGGGCGACGCGGUGCGCUUCGACAAGGUUACGCUCAACGAGCAGGGCGACUUCAACCGAGAGACGGGCCGCUUCACCUGUAAGAUCCCCGGGGUCUACUACUUUGCGGUCCACGCCACGGUGUACCGCGCCAGCCUGCAGUUUGACCUGAUAAAAAAUGGCCACACCAUGGCGUCCUACUUUCAGUUUUAUGGCAACUGGCCCAAACCGGCCUCACUGUCGGGCGGCACGAUGCUCCACCUGAUUCCUGGCGACCAGGUUUGGGUCCAGAUGGCGUUGGGGGAAUACAGCGGCUUCUACUCCAGCAGCAAGACCGACAGCACGUUCACAGGCUUCCUGGUCUACUCUGACUGGAAGAACUCGGCUGUAUUCGCAUAAAAUUGCAUUCCAUUCUAUUUCCACACACCUUGUUUCUCCUAGAACAGUCCCAACACAAUCAACCCUUUUGGAGGCCUUUUUUAUUUGUUGGUUUGAAUGAUCAGAGCUGGUAUUUGGUAAUAAUAAUAAAAAGGUCAAUGUUGCUUGAAGGACUCGGGACAGAUAAGGUCUGAUCAGGUGCUCUGAUUGAGAAGUGACGUUCCCUGCAUCAUUUGAAAGGCACUACUGAUUGUUGAACUGAUUGAGUUUGGCAGUGGCAUUCAGCCAAGGACUCGUCAUUUAUGAUAUAACAAAGUUAUACUUUUAAUAAAGUAGAAACUUAAUAUGCAA